GUGGUAUGGAGAAUCUAAUAACGUAGUUGGUGGAUCAGCGCUGUAGGUUAGCAGGCCGUGGCGGCGUCAAAGCUCCUCGUCUCCCAUCUCCUUCUCCGCCUUCUCUCUCUCUGAUCAUAUGGAGAGGUGCGAAGUAAUUGUUGGAGAUCCGACGCCCUCUCCACCGAAUUCUUAUGGAGCAGUGGUUAUUGGAGGGACUUUUGACAGGCUGCACCAAGGACAUCGUUUGUUCCUCCAAACGGCGGCGGAUUUGGCAAGGGAACGCAUCGUCAUAGGAGUUUGUGAUGGACCUAUGUUGAGCAAGAAAGAGUAUGCUUAUCUGAUCGAACCUGUUGAGAAGAGGAUGCAAAGCAUAAAAGACUACAUAAAGUCAAUCAAGCCUGAGCUGAUAGUGUUGGCUGAGCCGAUUACAGAUCCUUUUGGUCCAUCUAUUGUUGAUGAAGGUUUAGAGGCAAUUGUUGUCAGCAAGGAGACAUUGCCGGGAGGAAUUGCAGUCAACAGAAGGAGAGCUGAGAGAGGUCUAUCCCAAUUAAAGAUUGAAGUAGUGGACCUCAUGCCAGAUGAAUCAACAGGGAACAAGAUAAGUUCUACUACAUUGAGAAGACUUGAGGCUGAGGAGGCCAUGAAGAAGCAGCAACAGCAACAACUAAUCCAUUUAGAGUCCACGACAUAAAUACAGCACAGCUUUUACAAAGCCAUAUAUCAGGAUUUACGGAAGUUCUGUGAUGGAAUCCAUAUUAACAUCCUUUUCUACACAGCCAAGGAAGACCUAUAUACAGUGACUGCGUUGACUGGACCUCCAGUGAAUAUUGUAAUUAUAUCCAUAUUAUCUGAUCACCAAUUCACCAUGAUACCGAUGCCAAUGAGAAACAGAGUAUUGUUUACACAC